AUGUUCUCCGAUGAGAGGAAGCGGCCGUCGGCGCUCAAACUGAGCUCCCGGCCUUCUUCCAGUGGCUCUUCCACCGAGUCUCUCAAACAACCGCGGACGCCACGCUUCGCCGAGGCCACGACCGUUCACUCGCCCGUCCACGGAAAGUCGCCCUUUGCCGAUCCCGAGAAGGACGACAACAGCUCCCAGCCCGGCUUCGUCGGCUUUGGAUACAUUGGAAAGGGCGCAGACGACGACGUUCCCAUGGCACCCCGGUCACCCCUCAAGAGCGCCAUGAAGGUGCCAGGAACGCCUGGCCGCCGCUUUGACAAUCCCCUGAGCCCGACGUUCCGGGAAGAGCAAAUCUUGGAAAAACAAGAGUCUUUGACUGACAAGGAGCAAGCUCGCGACCUGAAAAUCAAAACGCGUGUCCGGAUGGCAAAGUUUGCCCUCCGUGGUGUCAACUUCAGCUGCAGUUUGAUCGUUCUGUCCAUGCUCUCGGCCUCCUUCUCCAUUUUCAACGCCACGAGAAGUCUCCCGACACAAAGCAACUUCCCGCCGUGGGCCACCAACACCAAGUCGUGGCCGCAGAAGGUCGUGCUCGGCGCCUCUAUUGUCUCCCUGACUAUCUCGGUCAUUGUCUUUAUUGGUUACUGCCGUGGUGGCCACCGCCGCGCUGAGAAGGUCUCUGUCUACUACACACUCUUCGCUGUCGGCUGGUUCAUUGUCAGCUUGGGCAUGUGGGCUGCCGCCGCCGGUGUCCUCCAGUUCUCGCGCAACAACAGCAACAAUCAGGACAUGUGGGGCUGGUCUUGCGUUCAGAACCAGCGCUCGCAAGUGUUCUCGGAAAAGGUUGAUUACGCCCUCGUCUGUCGCCUGCAGAGCUGGUCGUUGAUCUGCAUCAUCAUCGAAAUCGUCGUCGAGGUCAUUAGCAUCACGCUCUACAGCGUCGUCUUCUACCGCUACUACUCGAAGCGCAAGCUUCACAAGUCCAUGGACAUGCGCGACAAGGCCCGCUCCGAUCUGUACCUCGCCCAGCUGCGCACACAGUCGGCCCCCAACACGCCUGGCUUUGGCCCCAAGUCCCCGUCCUUCUCGCAGUACGCCUUGUCGCCACGCUUCCCGCCACAGGCCUACCGCUCGCUCGGCGACGUCGAAGAGGAAGACGCCAUACCUUUCACACCCGGCGGCCGUAACCUGGUCGAGCCCAAGUCGGCUUUCGCUGCCCGGUCUGGCCUGUCGGCGGGUUCGUCUCCGUCAGGCACAUCCUUCAAGCUGCAGGCACCGCCGCAAAAGGCGCCCUCAGCCACCCCCAAGAUGAACGGCGUGGGGUUCAGCGCACCUGCGCCCAUGCCCGCUCCUCGGCCAUCGCGGUCGUACUCCUCCAACUCAUCACGGUCGAGCUCGUCCAUGUCGUCCCGGGCGUCACCGACGCCGCCACCAGGGAACGCAGAGAACGUCAACCGGCACGCACCUGUGGCUCCUGGUGAGGUGCAGUACGCAGCCGUGCCGAUCCCCGGAGCGUACGCCGGCGCUGCCCUCAAGAGCCCAAGGUACUAA